AUGCAAGAUCAUCGUUUGUUUGGUGUAGUGGUGUUGUGUAAAGAAUGGUUGGUCCACGAAGACGGCGCAUUGGCGUAUCAUUUACAAAAGUUGGAAGUCGACGAACAUUACAGUGGCAAUCGUUCGCGAAAUGCUAUCGUUCGGCAAGACUUGCCUACAGCCAAGGAGGAACAGGAACGUGAAAUACGCGAAGCUGAAGAACGAUAUGGCGUGUUCAUCAAAGAACAGGAAGAAAAAGAUCUCAAAGUUGCUAUGGAAUUAGCUGAAAAAUUAACAAAAAAUAAAAAAUAUACACAUGACAUUGGGGUUACUGCAAAUUCAGGUGGAAGUAGACCAGGAAUAUUAAAAAAACACUGUCAACCAGAAUCUACUAAAAGUUUUACAGUAGAGUCCAAUGAAUAUACUGAGUUUGAUAUUGAUGAUAUUUUGCAUGACAUUGACUAUAAAGAAGAGGUCAACCGCCGAAUUCAAGAACAAAAGGAUGCUGAAUUGGCCAAGCGACUACAAGAACAAGAAGGACGUCCCAUGUCAAUUGAAGAUAGGGAUAGAUUAAUUGCUAUUGAAACACAAGACUGUGAAUUGGCUAAGCUUUUACAAGAAAAAGAAAAAGCGCGAUUGAGGAGAGCUCGCGAAAAAGCAAAACAAAAAGCAUUACUUAAAAAACAACAGCAGUUGGAAGAAUCGUCUGAAGUUGUAUCAACUACCCAAGAACCUCUUUCUAAUAUUGCUAUUGCUAUUGAUCCGACAUAUAGUUCAAGAAGAACUGAACUACAAGACAAUUUUUGUAGUACUUCUACUGCUCUAUCUUCAUCAUUAGACGAUGUUCCUCCGUACAUGCCAAUUCAAGGACAACGACGUAACAAUCAUACAGAUAAGAAAAAAAAAUCAAAGACUGAUGGUGUUGCAUCAUUUUUUAAAGUAUUUAAGUAA